AUGGCUUAUCCUUUUUAUAGGCCAUCAUGUCUAAAUUGUUAAAAAGUGAUGCCAAUUUGGGAAAGCUUAGCUUAAUAUAAUUAAACAUAGAGUAAAAUAGGGGCUGUUAAUUGAUAUUGAAAAAAAUAAUUCUAGUUAAUUAGAAAAAGAUUUAUUCAAAUUAUUUUCAAUUGAUGCAGUUCCAAAUAUGAUUCUGUUAUCAGAAGGAGGAAAUCUUAAUCAUAAUAAUUGUAAUAGAACAAAUGAAUUCUUUAUUAUUUUUGUUGAUAGGAAUUGGUAUAAUAACUAAAUGGAAACAUCUAUUAAACAAGGACUAUAGAUAUUUAAUACGACAACCAUAUGUAUUAUUAUACUUUUAUUAGUAUUGAUAGGUUUUGAUAUUUGGAGAAGUAUGAACAAUAAAACUAAAAAAAGCUUAAUUUUAGAGAUCCCUAAAAUAAUAUUGUGA